AUGUACAUUCAUCGUAUUGUGAUAAAAGGUUUCAAAACAUAUAGAAACGAAACUGUCAUUGACUUUUUCUCACCUAAUUAUAAUAUUGUUAUUGGUUCCAAUGGUUCUGGUAAAUCAAACUUCUUCGCAGCAAUUAGAUUUGUUUUGAGUGAUGAUUAUUCAAAUCUGAAGAGGGAAGAAAGACAGGGUUUGAUUCAUCAAGGGUCUGGCUCUGUGAUGAGUGCUUCUGUAGAAAUUGUGUUCAGAGAUCCUGGUCAUAGAAUGAUACUACCGUCUGGUGUUGUCCCUAGAGAAAAUGACGAGAUCUUUAUUAGAAGAACUGUUGGUUUGAAGAAGGAUGAUUACCAAGUUAACGAUAGGAAUGUCACCAAGAGUGAUGUAGUGAGGAUGCUUGAAAGCGCAGGUUUUUCUAUGAGUAAUCCUUAUAAUAUUGUUCCACAGGGUAGAAUCAUUGCUGUUACAAAUGCAAAGGAUAAGGAAAGAUUGCAACUACUAGAAGAUGUAGUUGGUGCAAAAUCAUUUGAAAGUAAAUUACGUGCUUCACUAAAAAAAAUGGAUGAAACAGAACAAAAAAGGAAGAAAAUUUCAGAAGAAAUGAGUGAGUUGAAUAAAAAACUGGGUGAUAUGGAAGAAGAAAGGAAGGAGUUAGAGAAAUUUAACGCUUUGGAAGGUAAACGUAAAGUACUGCAAUUUACCUUAUAUGACCGUGAAAUUAACGACAUUAUUAAUCAAAUCGAAGGAUUAGAUUCCGAGUAUAAUAAUAUCUUGGCGUCAUCAGAGGAAUAUCUUCAGCAAUUAAAUAAAAGAGAAACCGUUGUCGAAGAAAUGACAACAAUUUUGCAAGAUAUUGAUGCUUCGUUGAAACUAAAAGGUACCACUGAAUUGCAACAAUCCAAAAUUAAAUACCAAGAACUAUCCAAUGGGCUUGUUGAUUCUCAAGUUAAAAUGAAAGAAAUCAAAUCGCAAUUAGAUUCUCAAACUGAGCAAUCCAAAAUAGAUGAAAAAAAUUUAAAAAUUAUAGCAGAGGCCAUAAAAGAAAAGCAAAGUGAACUGGGAAAGAUUCUUCCAAGAUAUGAACAACUAAACCAAGAUGAAGCAAAGUAUAAGAAUGAAUUAUUUGACUUGAAACAAAAGCAAAAAGAACUAAUGCUAAAAAGAGGUAGCUACGCACGUUUCAAAACCAAAGAAGAACGUAACGAGUGGAUUCAUUCUGAAAUAGAAGACUUGCAAGAAGAAUUAACAAAUUUGGAAACAACAAAGAUAACAUUGGCUGAAAGAAGGAAUGAAAUUCAAGAAGAGCUUAAAACUUAUGAAGAGCAAAUUGAUGAAUUGCUGGAUUCUGUUCAGGGUCCGGGUGUUUCAGCUGAAUUAGAAGAUUUAAAAAGUGAAAUUGAAUCACUAAAGUCUAGUUAUGCAGAUAAAUUUGACGAGAGGAAAGAAUUAUGGAGAACAGAACAGAAAUUACAAACAGUUCUUGAAAAUAUGGCAGAUUCAGUGAAAAGAUCAGAAAGAGCAGUCAAUGAGAGCAUGAGUCGUAGUUUGGCAAAUGGUAUAGCUAGUGUUAAGGAAAUUACAGAAAAGCUUAAUUUGCCGGAUGACGCUGUCUUUGGUACCUUGGGUGAACUUAUUAAAGUAAGUGAAAAAUACAAAAGAUGUGCUGAAGUUAUAGGUGGGAACUCUUUAUUCAAUGUUGUUGUUGAUACUGAAGAAACAGCGACAAUUAUUAUGAACGAGCUAUAUCACAUGAAGGGUGGAAGAGUGACAUUCAUGCCAUUAAAUAGAAUACAUGUUGAUAAUAAUAUUACUUAUCCUCCAAAUGAACAAGCAUCAUGCACUCCAUUAAUAAAAAAAAUUAAGUACGAUGUAAGAUAUGAAAAGGCUGUCAAACAUAUUUUUGGCAGAACGAUUGUCGUAAAAGAUCUUCUGGAAGGUUCAAAGAUUGCAAAGAAAUUAAAGUUAAACGCUGUUACAUUAGAUGGUGAUAGAGCAGAUAAAAUGGGUGUUUUAACUGGUGGUUACCAUGAUCAACAUAAGAAGACAAGAUUAGACACAUUGAAAGAAUUAAAGGUCUCGAGACAACAACACAUACGGACCUCAAAAGAAUUAGAAGAUGUUAGAGAAAAGCUACAGGUAUUGGACUCAGAGAUUGAUAAAUUAAAUGAUUCUAUAAGAAAAGCUACCAAUAAUCGUGAAGCAAUAUUGACCAAUAUAGAUAGUUUGAAUGUGAAAUUAAAUAAUUUGAAAAAUGAGAAGAAUUUACUUGAAGAAUCCUCUUCAUCUUCUGAAAACAAAUUGGAAAGAACAGAAGCUUACUAUCUGACAACUCAAACAAAAUUAGAAGCCUUUAGACAAGAUUUAGAUCUUCCUUUCGAUAGUGAACUAUCGCCUAAAGAAAAGGAAGAACUAGAAAAUAUCACUACAUAUUUGACUGAAUUGACAGAAAAUUUUGAAGUAACUGUGGAAGCUUUAAGUGGUUUGACUAUUCAAAUCGAUUCGCUGAAAGCAGAAUUAAAUUCGAAAUUAAUUCCACAGGAAAAUGAAUUGAAAUCUAAGUUAUCGAAAAACCAUGAUACACAUUUCAAUGAAUUGCGCGGUGAGUUGAAAGCAAUUGCUAUUGAAAGUCAAUCUCUUGAAGAUCAAGUUGAAUUGGCAAGAUCUGAGCUUGAGUCAUUAGAAAAGGAAAUUAGUAAAUUAAAUGAUGAAAAGGUAAAUAGUCGAAAAAUGCUUGAAAAAGCAAACUCACAGCAAAGGAUGAUAUUGAAAAAGUUGGAUGCUUAUCAACUUGACGCCGAAAAAUUCAUGAUCAGGAAGGUGGCUUUAUCAAAUAGACGUGAAGAGUUGCAGAUUAAAAUGAGGGAGAUUGGAUUACUUCCAGAAGAAGGCAGUGGCAACUUUGAAAAUUCCACGAGUUCGGAUCUGUUCCAGGAAUUGAAUUCAGUCAAUGAAGAAAUGUCAUCAUUAACUAACGUUAACAAGAGGGCGUCAGAGAACUUUAGAAAAUUUAACGAAAAGAAAAUUGAAUUAAAUGAAAGAGCCGCAGAGUUAGAUGACUCUAAAGUGUCGAUUCAGAAUUUGAUAGAAAAGUUAAAACAACAAAAGGUAACUGCAGUUGAUUCUACAUUCAAGAAAGUUUCUGAGAAUUUCUCAACUGUUUUUGAAAAGUUGGUACCAAGAGGCACUGCAAAAUUAAUCAUCCAUCGUCAAGAAGAGAAUAAAACCCGAUCAAAGGAUAAAAAUAGCACCGAGUCUAUUUACUCUGGUAUUUCUAUUUCAGUAUCGUUCAACUCUAAAAAAAAUGAACAACUACAUGUGGAACAGUUAUCUGGGGGACAAAAAACUGUUUGUGCAAUUGCCCUUAUCCUUGCAAUACAAAUGGUGGACCCAGCACCAUUCUAUCUAUUUGAUGAAAUUGAUGCUGCAUUGGAUAAACAAUAUCGUGCUGCCGUUGCAGAUGUGAUUAAAUCACUAUCUGGCAAUGCACAAUUUAUAUGUACUACAUUCAGAACAGAUAUGUUGCAAGUUGCAGAUAAAUUUUUCCGUGUAAAAUAUGAGAAUAAGAUAUCUACAGUUGUUGAAGUAGAAAGACAAGAGGCAAUUAAUUUCAUCAGGGGAAAUAAUAAGAUCCAAGAAGUUUAG